UGACGCUUAGUAGCUUACGCAUAUGUAUUUACACUUGACAUCUUGCAGGGCGGGUGCGCAGGUCCCAAACCAACGAUAGAACAUCCAGGAAUCUAUGUAUAUACCGUAGUCAAACCAGAGUCGCAUUCUUCUUUAUUAUUGUGCAUAUCAGCAUAUGCAGCAGAGCGACAACGGGGUUUAAUAUGGAUACUGGAGGAGGUUGGUAAUUUCCGAAGAGACAGUCUGCAGGGUUCCUGGCUAUCAGCCAGUCUUGUUAUCUAGCUCUUCCGUAUAGCAUCUUUCGGGAGGAAUCCAUGCCUUCGUUUAGCAUGGAGUUUCCGGGAAUAAAGCGUCAGGACAGUGUCACUCCCAGCUGGAUUGGAUUGCGACGAACGUUUUCUGAUGUGAGUCGUCUGGAAUGGGGCUUCCUGAUCAUCGGCACUACUAGCUUACUGGCCUGCAUUGGACUGACAAUAGAAAGACUGGAUUAUCUGUCUCCUGGAAAAUGUCCACACAAUCUGAGUAUACUAACGGAGGAACAAUACAGGAAUGAGGAUAAGAAGUGUGGAGCCGAAUUUACAUUUGCGUUGCUGAUUUUAAUCAACUGCAUCUUCUGUUUGUUUCACGUCUGGCAUGGAAUUGUAUGGGAACGGCCUUAUGAACUGCACAUUUUUGCCGGAAGUAUCCUGCUUGUGACAAUCUACUGCAUCGUCGAUUUUGCUGUAAAUGUGCAACAAGGCAUGGACAGCGGCUUUAAUUUCAGUAUCAAAUUGGCACGGUUGGUGAUACUUUUAGUUUUGGGUGGAUUGGAUGUGGCUCUGGGCUGCUGGAUUGCCGCAAAAUUUCUUCGUGAAGGAAGAUUUGCCUGUCGCGUAGUCAAAACGUACGACGAGGUGAUCCAGAAAAAAUGCAAGUUGCAUUUCUUUACGCAAUCGCUCCUCACGUUCGACCUCGAAUUCCAAAUUACGAUGGUAGUAUUGAUCCUUCGAAAUGGUUUCGAAUUUCAUCUGAGCGACCGUGAGCUUGGAAUUUUGAUAACCGGACUGGUGAUUGCGGUGAUGUGGCUUGCUGCAGUUCUAAUCAGUCUGCGAUAUGAAAUCAAGCCUCUUUCAUGGAUCGUUAUGGGCACAUCCGUUCUGGAACCAGCUUACAUAAUUUACAAGAUUUAUGAUUCCGCUGACAUUCUCAAAACAGAUUACGACUACACCAGUCGAUCGCUGCAGUACUGUGUAUUCAUUGGAGGCUCCAUUGGGAUUAUCAUCAGGAUACUCCUGACGAUCUCCUUCGUCUUGACGUAUCGAACAUUUGGCGAAGGGCUCAAUGAGAGAAUUUACGGAAUUACGACACAUUCAGAGAGAUUGCCGCCACGAAAGAAUACUAUCGAGCCCAAUGAAUCCAUCAACUAAUCAAGCUUUCCACGGUCUCCGCCGAUUUUUGUACAAGCACAACUUUUUCACAGAAAUAUUCCUGUUAGUUUUUGUACCGCUUGAUAUAAAUCUUUUAUGGUUAUAUCAAUUUCCUCCUUGGUUGUGGUCCUUCCGAUGCUCAAUCGAAUUGUGUUUUUGGCAGCUUCUUUUGAUAGACCGCUGUGGAGCAAAACAAUGGAAACAGUUGUCCUGUAAAAAUGAAUCAAAAGUUUCAAAUCCAAA